AGCAAACGCCUAGGUGGGCGCCUAAUUGCCUAGGCGAUUGGAAGGUGCUCUAGCGCCCAGCCUCGCCUAGCUGCUGCAACAACUAUGGGGCCAACUGCCGAACACUUAAGCUUCUUUGAUCGUCAAAGUAACUAAAAAUUGUCAAACCAGCCAAAAGCUGGCUGGAAAGCCAACUUCCCAACACACUCUUUAUGGUUUUUCAUAUUUUUGUCCCAAUAUUUCUCCUUCAAACUUCUAUUGCAGGUGACUACACAUUUCCUCGAUAUCGAAACUCUACUUGAUGACAAUGUUGGAAACAAAAUUGAACUUAAAAUCGAAAGAGGCGGUGCCUCGUUGACCAUCGACUUAAUGAUCCAGGAUUUGCACUCAAUAACUCCUGACCACUUCUUGGAAGUUAGUGGUGCAGUGAUACACCCCCUUUCUUAUCAACAGGCUAGAAAUUUCAAUUUUCCAUGUGGCCUUGUCUAUGUUGCAGAAUCUGGAUAUAUGCUAUUUAAAGCCGGAGUACCUAAUCAUUCCAUCAUUAAGAAAUUUGCUGGCGAAGAGAUUUCGAACCUUGUAGAUUUAAUAUCUGUCCUAUCCAAGUUGUCUAGGGGUUCUAGAGUACCACUGGAGUACAUAAGCUAUACUGAUCCUCACCGAAGAAAGUCUGUAUUAAUCACGGUUGACCACCAUGAGUGGUAUGCGCCUCCUCAGAUAUACACUCGCGAUGACAGUUCUGGAUUAUGGUUGGCAGAGUCGGCUUUAUCACCUGACUCUGUUCUUCUUUCUGAUGCAACUCCUGUCAAACAACACCUGUCACUUCAUAAUGUGUCUCAACAUGUUAGCAUAGAGUCAACCCAUGGUGUUGCAGAUAUAGAAAGUAGUUAUGAAAUCUCGAUAGAUGCACCACAGUCUCAGGAUGGAACAAAGAAAGCUAAUGCCUCAGGUUCUGAGCAUGUGAUUGAGCCCACUCUUGUUAUGUGUGAGGUUGAUGUGCCAACAUCGUGUAUGGUGGAUGCUGUGCACUCGCAACAUUUUUCUGGAACUGGUGUGAUUGUAUACCAUUCACAAAAUAUGGGUUUGGUUGCUGUAGAUAAAACCACUGUUGUAGCAUUAGCUUCUGAUGUCAUGCUGUCAUUUGCUGCUUUCCCAAUUGAAAUCCCUGGGGAGGUGGUUUUCCUUGAUCCUGUCCACAAUUUCGCUCUUGUAGCAUAUGAUCCUUCUGCUCUUGGACCUCUUGGCUACUCUGCAGUUCGUGCGGCUGAGCUUCUUCCCGAACCCCUGCUUUGUCGUGGUGAUCCAGUGUCACUUGUGGCAUUAAACACAAGCCUGCAGGCAAUCUCAAGGAAAUCAAUUGUUACAAAUUCUUAUGAGGCCCUGAAUAUUGAAUCAGCUGAAUGUCCACGGUAUAGAGCAAUCAACAUGGAAGUUAUUGCCCUUGACACUGAUUUUGGUAAACAAUUUAGUGGUGUGCUGACUGAUGAGCAUGGAAGGGUUCAAGCCUUAUGGGGAUGCUUUUCAUUUCAGCUGGAUAAAGGUUCUGGUUCAAACUAUUCCGCACAAAAUGAUACAUUUAACCGUGGAAUUCCAAUUUUCGCGAUAAGUCGUGUCCUUGACAAGAUUAUUUUGGGUACUUACGGACCUCAUCGUCCUAUAUUUGGUGUCAAAAAGCCUAUGCCACUUAUGAGAAUUUUGGAAGUUGAACUUUAUCCUACUUUGCUCUCCAAGGCUCGCAGUUUUGGAUUAAGUGAUGCUUGGAUCCAGGCCCUCGUGAAGAAAGAUUCCAUUAGACGGCAAGUUUUGAGAGUCAAAAGUAGUUUUGCUGGCUCAAGUGCUGAAAAAGAAUUAGAAGAAGGUGACAUUGUGUUGGCCAUCAACAAGGAGCCGGUGACUUGCUUUCGUGACAUUGAAGAGGCUUGCCAAUCAUUAGGCCACAGCGAUGAGAAACUGUGCAUGACAAUAUUUCGUCAGGGGCAUGAAAUGGAACUACUUGUGGGAACUGAUAUAAGGGAUGGGAAUGGAACCACCCAUGCAAUGCUUUGGUGUGGGUGCUUUGUCCAAUAUCCUCACCCUGCUGUCCGCUCACUUGGGUUUCUUCCUCAUGAAGGCCACGGAGUAUAUGUGUCAAGGUGGUCUUGCGGGAGCCCUGGACAUCGGUAUGGCCUCUUAGCUCUUCAAUGGAUUGUUGAAAUUAAUGGGAAGCGAACUCCUAAUCUUGAAGCUUUUAUUGAGGUUACCAAGGCAUUAGAGCAUGAGGAGUUUGUUCGUGUGAGAACGGUGAAAUUGGAUGGGAAGGAGCAAGUGCUUACUCUGAAGCAAGAUUUGCACUACUGGCCAACCUUGGAGCUCAGAUUUGACCCCGAAACCGCCACGUGGCGACGCAACAUUAUCAAGGCAUUGGACUCUGGUGCCAUGUAAAAUGAACCAAUUUCCUUUUCCUUGCUACUGAGUAUAUUUACAUUUGUGCAAACGGGAAAGUAUAAGCUUAGAAUUUGAUAUUUCUUCUCUUUGAAAACUUUUUACAGGUCACAUCCUUUGUGUUCAUACUAUUUGUCAGUCUAGAUUUGAUCUACCCAUUCUUGAAAACAAUCCAUCAAGUUUAUUUAUUGUACAUCAUUAAAAUAAUAGUAUAACACCUAC